AGCGCCGCUGCUGUGAUUUGUUUUCUGCACUGUUACAGUCCUGCCAUGACUCCGUGCCGCCAUCUCAACAAGAGUUUAGAACUAGAAAAAGAGAUAAAGAUGGCGGCCCCCGUCCCGCAGUUUUCACUUCGCACAGCGCGACCUCUUGUGAUCGCCGCAGCUGGGUCACGUGACGGUUCAGGGGCGGUUGCUAUGGCGGCGCCCGGGUUUUGUUCACAGAAUUGGAAUAUCAACGGCUGGAGCAGAUGAGACAUAGAACUACAAGUCCCAGCAGGUGCAGAUGUCUCUCGGAGGUGAAGAGGAGGUGGCCCCCCGUGCCCCCCAGCCUCUGACCCUGCGCCCGGAUCAGACAGAAGCGCACCCCCUGCUGGACGUGUCCCUGACCCCGGAGAAAGGCGGCGGGAUCCUGAGGCGGGAGACGGCGGAGCGCAGGAAGGGGCAGCGUCAGGUUCGCUUUGAUGUGGAGGAGGAGGGUGAUGGGCGACCAUUGGCCGCAGCCAGAGUGCACAGCAGUGCAGCGCUCCAGAGCGAGGUGCGGCGGGAGGCGCAACAGAAGUUCAAUGCAGAAAGUGCGGUGCGGGCCGAGCUGGUUCGAUCGUUCACCGUGAGACGUGGUGUGGAGAGUGAAGCCGCCAGAG